GGGCGGGAAGAAGUCAGACAGACCGGCUCGCCAGAUCAUUCCUGGUACUCUCUGUGCCUUCUCAUCAGGACAAGCGGACACCAGGGGCGGUUCUUUCUCCUUGCUGUACACGAAUUUGGUCAGAGAAUUUAAGUGGAAGUAAGUUACCCCGUGCCGUCUAUCUUGAAGCUUCACCUGCAAUCUAUUGUCAGUUGUUCUUCUCUGCUAAUUAGAAAUGGACUUCAUCCUACCAAAUACUCUGACAACUGGUGGUAUUCCAUGGGAAAAGGUUUUACCACCUCUUAUUCCACGUCUGAACGGGACUUACGGUCAUUAUAGCUGGUCUCCAUUACUCAUUCCAGAGACUGAUAAUGCCAGCUCUACAGAGGUGCAUUGUGAUGAGAACGGCUUUACAGUUCAAGUUGAUGUAAAGCAUUUCAACCCAAAGGACCUACUGGUUAAAGUAAUAGGAGAGUUUGUAGAAGUGCAAGGGAAACAUGAAGAAAAAAAGGAUGGCCCUGGCUUUACAACACGGCAGUUUAACCGCCGCUACCGAAUCCCAAAGGGAGUAGACACCAUGGCUUUGGAGUCAGCCGUCUCCCCAGAAGGCAUUCUUAUAAUAUCUGCGCCUAUGCUUAAAUCUGCAAACACCAAAGCCCUGACUUAAUGGCAUGAACAUCAUACCCUCAAGUCUUUGCUAUCUUCACCAAAUAAGAACAGAAAUGAAAAAGCCUUAACAAACACAGAUUAAAACAAUAAUUUCAAGCAUCUGCAUCUAACAUCAACACACAGCACGUGCCAAAACACACAUUUGUUCUGACCUGCUUCUGGCACAGUUCUAAUAUUCCCUGCUCUCUGUGGUUUGUAUAUACUAAUCUGCUGUUACUCAAAUAUCUUGCAUAAUAUGUCACAGACACUUUUUUUUGUAAAUAUUCUGUGUUCACAGUUUGAGCUGCUGUUCUUUUGUAAAUGUGCUGUAUUGUGAUGAAGAUGAAUGUACCUAGACAAAUCUCAAGCUUCUUUAAUGUGGAAAUAUUUAUUCCAAAAGUACAAAUACACUUUAUUUCUUUAUAAAAAUAAAAGAAAACUAAAAACUG